UAUAUAUUACCCAUGAAAUAUUUUAUUUCACUGAAGUCCGAAGGGGGCACAAGCAAUUACAGAAACUCUCUGACAUUCCGCGAAUCAUCCGAUCCAAAUCACUCUUCACGCGCCCUUCCCCUGCCCUCCCUCCACAAGCCGAAAUCAGAGCCGAAAACAAAAACCGAAAUCAAGAACCGAAACGCUAAAGACAAAAACCAAAUCAACAAAGAACGAAAACUAACAAAAGCAAACUACGAAUACAGACAACAACGCGAGAAGAACACGCUACUAUAUACAAAAAAACACAAAACACCCACACUCAGCGCCCCUUCUCCUCAUCCUCCUCCACCCCCACCCCAGGCCCGUACACGCACGGCACGUUGUCCUUGGCGCACUCGUCGCAGGGCUGGCCCCUGCUGCACGACUAUUCACCGUUAGCAUCUCUCCAUCCAUCUCAGGGGAACAGUAACUCAAGAAACCCCACCCCCAUCUCGGCGUCCAAAAUCGGCAUCAGAAACCUGGAAACCGAUCUCAAACCCCAAACUCCGGGCAAACGAAAAAAGGGAAAAGAAAAGAGGGAAACUCACAGCCCAAUGUCUCCUCCUACACCUCUGACACCUCGGAUUGUUAUCCCGGGUCUUCGACACCCUCCCCCGCCCGUUCAGGAACCACACGUGCCGAUACGCGGCUGGGACCGGGACACCAGGCGUCGCAGCCGUGGCGCUCUGGAGG